GGGCGGCCAGCCACUCCAUCGUCUGUCCAGGGAUUAUCGCGUCUUGACGCCCAUUUAGGUGGCCUCCAUGACUGACAGCUUCAUCCAGUCCGUCGCCCGGCAGGACAGAAUAAGCAUCCCGACGCUCGACCCCCACACCUCACCCCACCCAAUCUUGGGCCAGAGCUACCGGGGCGAGGCGGCUUGAGUCGCUGACACAGGUGUCCGCGAGAUUGCGUCACGCCCACUUCAAGUGAGGCGCUGCGACUCACAGAGACUGUUGAACACCCGCACGCCCGUUGACAACCAUCAAACCCCGUCAGCACGGCUUCGUUGCCCCGUGCCCAUCAAAACAAAUCAGCAGCGCUGCCCGCCUGACUCUGGCUGUCCAGCCCCCACACCACUUGGUCCUGGAAUCGAGGCGAGGUUGAAGCUUCACAAGACACAAGGUCCGUGGUAGUGAUACUCUGCCCGCUGCACACUGCACCCUGUCGGCCCAGAAAGAUCCCCUGUGCGCAGUGGAACCUUCGCCCUGUUGAGAGCCGGGACCAUCGCCAAGCCCGGCGGGUUGAGCUCACAGUGGAGGCUCCAGCUGCCAGAACCGCGCGACCGUGCUCCCAGAAUCCAGUAAUCGAGAUUGGCUGGGACGAGAAUAGGGAGGCAGAGGAAUCAAAGAAAAAAAAAAGGAGGCGUUUGGCAAGAACAAAACCAUCAGCCCAGCACGCAAAGGAGACGGAAGGCAGCUUGCUUUGGUGGAUGGAACCCUGGUGAACGAACACUGUGCGACGGAUGUGUCGGUCGGAACAGGCAUCAGGCAUAAACACCGAGCGCUCGUUGAACGUCUGGUCCCUUCACUGUCGCUGCCUGCGGUCACCAAAACCGCUGCCCAGCCUGGGUGCCGACAUCGACCCUGUGCCUUGUGGUCACACAGCACAUCCAAACCAGUCGCCAGCGACCCAGCGCACCAUUUCCUGCCUGCAUGUCCGCUCGGGGCUCACCAAGCCGUCGGCUCUAGGCAUCGCUGCCGCCGCCCCUUGCGCGCCCGCCGCCCCUGCCAAUCAGCUUCGCUCCCGCCGCCGCUUCCCAACCGUCCUCCUUUCUGCCUGCGGCUAGCUGCUCGUGCUUCUCCAACUGCAACCCCAACCCCAGCUAGCACACGCGCCGUACCAUCGACAGGGGCACUGAGAGACGAGACGAAGAAAGUACAGAACAAAACAAGCACAGAAACGGAGAGAAAACGGCGCCAACCGGCUGCCUGUCUUACCGCCUGCCAUGGCAUCUCCGCCGCCGCCGCCGCCGCCGCCGCCAGACACAAGCAGGAGAUCCUCUCCACCUCCGCCUCUCGCUCCCACCUCUGUUCACCUAGCCACUGUUCCGCCUCCCCUUGUCUCUCCGCCGCUGAGAAGAGCACUAUCGAGCCGUCAAACCGCCCGACCCUCCCUCGACCGACAUCGCCGACCGAGCGAAGACGACGCCAAGAGGCGCGCCAGGAAGCUCCAGAAGAAGCGGGUGCACACUCCUCACUCACCCACAAUGGAAAUACCCGAACGCCUGCGCGAAAGCGACCCGGAGGACGACGACGAUGCCAACCCGCGCCCUGCCUUCAACAUGAACCAGAGCAUCUUCGGUCUGAUCGCUGCCGCCGGGUCCGCGGUUGACUUCAACGACCGCUUUGAGGGAGCGAGCAGUGACGAGGAAGACGACGACUCACCGGCCGAUGACGACGAGCCUGACCCGCGCAGCCGCCACGGCAUGGCCCAGACCACAGUCAUCAGUGGAAAGAAGCCGCCGAAAGAUUCCCCGAAUCUCGAGGUUGACAAGAAGCGUCGGAAAACGUCAGGCUCCAAGCUUCUGCGGUCGCUGCCGAUGCUCACGAUGCCUAAGAGGCUGUCGUCUUUGUCGCGCAAGAACAAGAACAAGGCCAAGGAGCCACAGAUCGCAGAGGAGGACGAGGUGGAUUCUCCCAUCUCGCCUGCCGUCGGGGCCUUCCAUGCUGCUUCCCCCGCCGACCGCCGACUGCCACCCGUCAUGACCAGAAUGCUCGAGGCGAGGGCCGAGCUGUCAUCCUCGCGCCCCAGCCUCGACCUCGAGGGUACCUCUGGCACCAACUCUCCCGUCAGCGGCGAGAGCCGUCCUAGUCCACUGGCAAGGAAGCUCAAGCAGAUCUUCGAGUUCGACGUAAUCGAGGAUGUCAUCGAGGAGUACCCUUGCUGGCUGCUCCAGAGCGUCCUGCUUCAGGGUUAUAUGUACAUCACCAAGAACCAUAUUUGCUUUUACGCAUACCUCCCCAAGAAGGCCAAUGAGGUGGCCAAAUCUGGGUAUCUGUCCAAGAGCGGCAAGCGGAAUCCCAAGUAUAACCGCUACUGGUUCCGUCUUAAGGGCGAUGUCAUGGCCUAUUAUCGAGAUCCCUCCAAUCUGUACUUUCCAAGCGGCCAAAUCGACCUACGUUAUGGAAUCUCAGCCAGCGUCACAGACAAGGACAAGGAGGGUGUCAACUUCACCGUCAUCACCCACCAACGGACUUACCACUUCCGCGCUGAUAGCGCUCCCAGUGCCAACGAAUGGGUCAAGAGCUUGCAGCGCGUCAUCUUCCGCUCCCACAACGAUGGCGACAGCGUCAAGAUCUCUCUGCCUCUCCAGAACGUCAUGGAUGUGGAGGAGAUGCAACUCGUCCAGUUCGCCGAAACGUGCAAGAUCCGCGUCAUCGACAACGACGAGACCUAUGCCAUUGACGAAUACUUCUUUUCCUUUUUCAGCUUCGGAAAAGAAGCCAUCAAUCUCAUCAGAAUCCUGACCGACGGUUCCAGCGGCACCCAGAAGUCGGACGAUCCAGGCCAGUGGCGUCCAGAGGCCCCGAAAGACGGAGUGCCAUCCCGUAACCCCUCCACCAAGCGAAACUCUCCGUCGGGCAGCCAGGAACGCCGACCCGCGAGACUGAAUGACAAUGUGCGGGCGACACUAUCUCCGAUCGGACCGGCCAGCCCACCAAACCCGAGCCCCCGUGCCAGCGGCGACUUUACCCGUAGUAGCUUCGAUGCCCUGCGCACCUUUGGUAGGAGGAGUUUGGAUCUCAACACAGCUGUGACUGUGCGCGAGGAAUCACAGGAGCGUCGGAGUUUUAGCGGAACCCGGCACGCUCGGUCGAGGAGUCGCCAUAAGCUGGGUGAGCAUAGCACCAUCCCAGAGAAGCAGGAGUCGUCCGACUCGUACGUUCAAUCCAUCGAGGAUCCCAGCCAGGCCAGCCUCUCGGCUCUGGUCGCGUCAUCCAGCGAAGACCAGUCGGCCAGCCAGAUCCUCAGGGGCAGCGAUGUCUUUCACAGCCCCACAGUCCGCCGCUCUCCCUCGGACCCUCGACCCAAGGUUGCGGCCGACUCCUCACCCACUGACAACCAGGCCUUGACAAAGACCGCCCAGUGGAGCCCUCCCAUCAAGGUCGAUCGUGCUGCCACGACAGGGAGUAUGCAGGACUCCGGGACUGGCCUUGGUAUCCAGCAAGGUCCGCCCACGCCAGGAAUUCAGGGGCUCGCCACUAUGGCUUCGCUCCCUGUCAGAAGCGCCGGCGCUCUUGCGGGCUACCUCAACCGGCCCCUAUCGCCUUUCCGCCGCAUGAGCAAUCUCCUCGCGACCGAAUCAAUGGGGUAUGUCGAGAAGGUUUCAGGCAUGUGGAAGGGUGGACGUCGACACUACGACGAGAAUGCUGCUCUCAAAAUUGAUGACGAGAUGCCCGAAGACGAUGAUGAAGACAAAGUGGCAAACUCGAGGGAACGGUUCCGCCAACACUUUGCCCUCCCCGAGUCUGAGAAGCUGGUGGCAACCUACUUUGGCUACAUGAUCCGCGUGCUCCCACUUUACGGCAAGAUCUAUAUCAGCGACCGCUCCUUCUGCUUCCGCAGUCUCCUGCCCGGCACGCGCACUAAGCUGAUCCUCCCGCUCAAGGAUAUCGAGAAUGCGCACAAGGAGAAGGGCUUCCGCUUCGGGUACUCAGGGCUGGUUGUCGUCAUCCGUGGGCACGAAGAGCUCUUUUUCGAGUUCGGCCAGGCCGAUAUCCGUGAUGACUGCACCAUCACUCUCCUGCAACAGCUCGAGGAGGCGCGCUACCUCCGCGAUUCGGGCCUGUUGUGUCAGGAGGAGAAGGAGGACGCAGAGACGGCCGCUGCCGAACGGGAUGCUCUGCAGGAGGCCCGCCAGGAAGAGCACCCCGAGCACGAAAUACCGCUGCCCAAGCAGACAUCGGUAGUCAGUGACGCGCCCACCAUCCUGUUCGACGACCCCAAAGCCUCGUUCCUGAACUUCAAGCCGCCACAUCCGCUCCGUGUCACAUGUCUCACUAUUGGCUCGAGAGGCGACGUGCAACCGUAUAUUGCGCUGGCCAAGGGCCUGCUGGCUGAAGGCCACCAGGUGCGAAUCGCCACCCAUGCAGAGUUUGAGCCAUGGAUCCGAUCCCACGGCAUCGACUUCGCGCGAGUGGGGGGUGACCCUGGCGAGCUCAUGCAGCUGUGCAUCGAGAACGGGACUUUCACGUGGCAAUUUCUCAAGGUGGCGGCGUCUAAGUUCCGGGGCUGGCUGGACGAACUCCUUGCCAGUUGCUGGGAAGCCUGUCAGGGCUCGGACUUGCUUAUCGAGAGCCCUAGCGCUAUGGCAGGCAUCCACAUCGCCGAGGCGCUGCAGAUUCCCUACUUCCGCGCUUUCACGAUGCCGUGGACGCGCACACGCGCGUACCCGCACGCCUUUGUGAUGCCAGAGCACAAGAUGGGCGGUGCCUACAACUACGUCACGUAUGUCAUGUUCGACAACAUGUUCUGGAAGAUGACGGCGCAGCAGGUCAACCGCUGGCGCAACCACGUGCUGGGGCUGCCCAACACGAGCCUUGAGAAGAUGCAACCCAACAAGGUGCCGUUCCUGUACAACUUUAGCCCCUACGUGGUGCCACCGCCCCUUGACUACAGCGACUGGAUCCGCGUGACCGGAUAUUGGUUCCUCGAUGAGGGAACGCCCAACAAGGCUGCCGCCGAGGUGAAGUCGGGCGAAGGCGGAGAAGAAGAUGACAACAGCAAGAGCGAGCAGCCGGUGGCGAAGGCCAGCGGCGCCGACUGGAUCCCCCCGCCCGAGCUCACCGAUUUCAUCGAACAGGCGCGACGGGACGGAAAGAAGGUUGUCUACGUCGGGUUUGGGAGUAUCGUCGUGCCAGACCCUGUCAAGAUGACCCAGGAGGUAGUUGACGCAGUCCUCAAGUCGGAUGUGCGAUGCGUCCUGUCCAAGGGCUGGUCUGAUCGCAUGAGUGGUAGCAAUGAGGCGAAGCCGUCAGCAGACGGUGCGGGCGAUGGCAAAGAGAAGGAGAAGGACAAUACAGAAGGUGCAGACCGACAGGAGAGCGUCGAGAAGCCGAAGGUGGAGCCGAAGCUGCCACCCGAAAUACUGCAGAUCAAGUCGGCGCCGCACGACUGGCUGUUCGCGCAGGUGGACGCUGUGGCGCACCACGGCGGAUCCGGCACGACCGGGGCUAGCCUACGCGCCGGCGUGCCCACCAUCAUUCGGCCAUUCUUUGGAGACCAGUUCUUCUUCGGUGCCCGCGUCGAGGAUCUCGGCGUCGGCAUCUGUCUGCGCAAAUGGGGCACCAACAGCUUCGCAAGAGCACUCUGGGAGGCCACUAACAGUGACCGCAUGAUUGUCAAGGCCCGCGUCCUAGGCGAGCAAAUCAGAAAGGAGAGUGGCGUCGAAACGGCUAUCCAGUGUAUUUACCGUGACCUCGAGUACGCCACGAGCCUAAUCAAGGCCAAGGCCAGUAAGAACGCCAAGCAGCAGAAGACGCAGAAUGAGGACGGCACGACGGAUGGUGAUGACGACGUGGACGACGAAACCGAGGAGUGGACCUUUGUCGGUGGCAGCGUCCCUGACGACGAAGUCUCCAGCCCCGGACAUGGUGCCUUCCCCGACGCAACGGCCGCCGCCAAAAAGAGCCCGAGCAUCCUAGCCACCAGCACCUCUGUGGCCCGGAGCAGCAGCCGGAAGUCUCUGAGCCGGAUGCUCGGCGGUUCAUGAAGAAACUGGACCAUGGGAGGGAGUACUUUUGCGCGUGUUGGUUAUUUUCCCUAGCUUGGAUGGACUUGUGGGGCCUAGACGCCUCACCGCCAGAUGAGAGAAGUCAAGCAAUAUCGUGGCGAUUUGGCUUUGUAAUGAUGGCUGAUAGACGACACGCGCGGGGAGGUUGUGCGUACAUAUAGAGAAUAAGGGAUGGAGGGGAGAAACAGGGGCGUUACAUGGCAAGAUUCACGACGGCCUCGAUGCGGCUUUCCCGUCUGGUCGGGUUGAGCGGGGUCGGGCCAACCAGAUUGUUGGCGAGGGCGGGCAGCAGCAGCACAGCAGCCGCCGAAACCAGGGCACACGACCGGGCAGGAUCACGGACCAUAUUCUUUUAAUAAUCCUAGGGUAUAGACGAACAUUCACCCCAACCAGUAAUGAUAUUCUAUUAUUCUGAUGAGAUGGUGUUGGUGAUUCUGGGAACAUGCGGAUACGAACUGAAAUGCC